AUGAAAGAUGUUAAUUUAUUAUUAGCUUUAGUGUUACAGCUUUCUUUAGCUUUUGCAAAUCCUGGUCCAAGUGUUAAAUAUAAUGCAAACACAUAUGAAUAUGGAUCAUUCCAAUUUCCUGAGGGCGGUGUGACUAUUGCUAAUAAUGUUAAUGUAUCAAUUAUAGAUAGUCAAGAUAUCUCUAUUGAUGGUUUGCUUAGUGUUGGAACCAAUUCUGGUCUUUAUAUCACCAGUGUAUCUAAUACUAUUGGUUUAGAUGUUGAUAUUACAAGUAACAGUGUGCUUAUUUGUGGUCUCCUUGCUUUAAAUUCUAUUGACUCAAUACUUCCAGGCUCAUUUAACUUUAACAAUACCGACAGUUUUAUUAACGAGGGACAGUUUUAUAUGCUUGCAAAUGGUAAUGUUGGUACUAAUGAAUUUUCCAUUACUAGUAGCAGUAUCUCAAAUAAUGGUUUAAUGGUCUUCUAUCAAGAGACAAAUAACGGAGAUGAAGUGAUUUUAUCUGGUUCAAUUGAAAAUUACGGACAAAUAGCUCUUUAUAAUGAAGUUCUCAUCGUUGAUUCAAGUAUUGGGGGUUCUGGUUGUAUCAUUGUUGAAGCUGGAACGACACUUAGUGUUACUAGUACUGAUUAUGUAAUUAAUCAAGCAAUUUAUAUGAAUGACGCAACUUCCACCAUUAUUCUUGCCCCUGGGGAAGAAGGACAGAAUGUUGUUGUUUAUGGUUUUGGGAAUGGAAAUGUUAUGUAUUUGAAUAGUAACUUUACUGCGAUUGCCGAACCUACAUAUGAUGAAGAAUCUGGAGUCUUAACAAUUCAAACAGACGGGAAUGAUUUAUAUAUCCAAAUUGGACUUUCAUAUGAAGGCCUUGAAAUUGCUGUACUAGGAACUAAUGGAUUAUCCUAUCCAUAUCCAGCUCCAGAUCCAGCAGCAGAUAUAUGUUUAGUGGAUACCUCCAUUCCAUUGAUUCCCGGUAUUAAUGGUACUGAAUAUGCUUCCACAAUUAUAACAACCACCAAUGGUCAUACUUAUAACGAAAGUGAAGAAAUUAUUAUCACCUCGAACAGUGCAGGUAGUUAUUACACAACUACUUUAUUUAGCACAACAAGUUCUUCUUCUAGUUCUUCGUCUAGUGCAUCACCUUCAGUCAGCUAUUCAUCGUCUACAGCUUCUUCCACAAAUUCAUACGAGCCAUCAACAAAAAGUAGCUCCUCAUUCACAAGUUCUUGGAGUUCUUGGAAAGCUAGUUCCUCCUCUUCAAUAUCCUCUUCCAGUUCUUCGUCUACUACAUCGUCAUCUACUAUAUCAUCAUCUGCUAUAUCAUCAUCUACACUUCCUUCAUCUAUUUCUUUAUCCAAAAGUUCUUCAUCUUGUUCUUCAUCUAAUUCUUAUGUAUCAUCUACAACUACUUCAUCGACUUCAUCCUCAGGUUCUCAAUUCUCCAGCUCAUUAUCAUCUGUGUAUUCAACUAAAUCAUUGAGCAGUUCUUCAAGUAGUCCUUCUGGAAGUACGUCCAGCAGCUAUACAAGUAGUACAUAUAGUUCAAGCAGUUCUUCAAUUACUUCUAACAGUGCUUCAUCAAGUACUGAAUCAUCAUCAACAUCAACUUCAACUUCUGAAUCCUCCACCAGUAUACCAUCAUCUUCAAGUUCAUCAUUCUCUGUUUGGUCGUUGUCAUCCAUUUCUUCAACAUCUGAAUUAUCAAGUACCACGUAUUCUUCAAGUUACAUUUCGUUCAGUAACUCGUCUAAUGUGAUAUCUUCUAGUUUAAGUUUAGAAUCUUCUUCAUUUGUUCUUUCAUCUUCCGGUGAUGAAUCGUCAAAUGUUCAUUCUAUUUCAGCUUCAAAUGCAGAAUCUACAAGUACUGAAUCAUAUGUAACUUCAACUAUUUUCUCAAUAGCUCAAUCUUCCUCUGAAGAAUCUAGUUUAAGUUUAGCCUCUUCGACUGAAUCGUCAAGCGAAGAAUCUUCAUCAGAAUCCACUUCUUCUGAAUCUUUAAGUUCUCUGCCAGUUACUCCAUCGUCAGUUUCUUCAACUGAGGAAUCAACAGGUUCUGUUGAAUCAAGUGCUGCUUCAUCGGAAUCGUCUGCUUCCAGUGAAGCUUUAAAUACCGAAACUUGGGUUGAAUCAAGUGCAACUGAAUCAUCUACUGAAUCUGUUCCCUCUUCCGUUGAAUAUGUUACUUCUUCUUCCGAAUCAAAAACUUCUUAUACAACUACUUCUGUCUUGUCUAGCAGUAGUGAAGUUCGUCCAACUUCAGAAGAAUCAUCCGUUGCAUCUACAGAAGAGACAUCUAGUUCUACUAUUAGUGGUGAGAUUCCUCCAACUUCAGAAAUAAAUACUGUAUCAUCGACUGAAGAAACUACUACCCCAACUUCUCAAGAAUCUACAGUAUCAUCCACUGAAGAAGCAUUCUCUGGCUCAACCUCCGAAGAAUCUUCAGUUUCAUCUACAUCAGAAGCUUCUUCUGGUCCAACUACAAGUGUCAAUAACCCUCCUCCAGUCACCGGUUCAUCUUCAUCUACUGAAUCAGGUACAUAUGUCACUACUUCUGCUACUACCAUAUUCGGUGGGUUCGGAACAACACUUCCAGCGUUGAUCCACUCCAACUUAGAUGGAGCAUACUCCUCACCAAUUCCAAUGGCUCCAGCAUUCGACGCACUAUUUGGAUUCAGUUUCCCUAAUAAUACUCAACCAGGUGAUCAUAUUCGUCUUAAUUUACCAAACGUCUUCGAUCUUUAUCAAGGUGCGGGUGGUAUCAAAAAGAGAGACGAUGCUACAUUGUCUUUAACUGUGGAUGAUGUGGAUUAUGCUGAUUGUAUUGUCAUCAUGGCUGGUACUGGUAAUGAUGAAACUACCUUAGAUUGUACUGUCACCGAUGCUAUCCUCACCAAUCCUAAUGUAAGUGGCACUAUUACUUUACCAUUAGUAUUCAAUAUUGGUGGUUCUACAUCCUCAUCUGAUAUCCAAGCUGCUAACGCCUUUGUACCAGGUUCUCAAGUUAUCACUUUUAACGACGGUCUUAAUGAUAUCUCUACCAAUGUGGAUUUUGCUGCAGGUGCUCCAUCUCCAGGUGAUCCAGAAGUUCUUGUCUAUGCUUCAAGACCUGAGGUUUGGAACAAUUCAGAAAACUUCUAUAUCUUAGGUGGUAAUUGUUCUUCAUUAUAUGGUUCUGGAGAACUUACAAUUUCCGUCACUGAUGGUUCCAUUGAUUGUUCCUCGUGGUCUGCUGGUAUCACCAACAGUCUUAACGCUUGGUAUUUCCCAACCUCAUUUGAAACUUUAAGUAGUUUCACUGUUUCUUCAUGUUCUGCUGAUUCUAUUGUCAUCUCAUAUUGGGGUGUUCCAACCGGCUAUAGACCAUUCUUCAGUGUCAAUGCUGGUACUGAUGGAUCAAUUGCUGCUACUUUCAAUGAUACCAAUUCUUGUAUUGCUUUACCUCUUUCUGGUUCAUCUGCUUCUGAAGGUCCAACCAUCAGUGUUGGUACAACUGUCACUACUGAAACUUAUACUACUGAUACUGUGUUCAGUUCUACUGAAGUAAUCACUACUGUUGUCAAUGGUACCACUGAAUUGUUGACUACUGUUGUGGAUAUCACCUCUGAAGAAACAAUCACUACCAGUUUCACAGAACUUGUUGGUGUCACUACUGAAACUGAUACUACUACCUCAACAUCUGGUGAAGGUAGUGGAGCCACUAAGUCUUAUAUUACUACUGAUGUUGUACUCACCACAACCAUCACUACUACGUAUUGCCCAGAAGGUGCAGAAACCUCAAUCACUACUACUGAAGUUCUUGUGACAACCAUUGAAACUACUUAUUGUCCAGAAGAUGAAGCUACUGCUACGACUGCUGCUACUAAAUCUUACACUACAGUUGAAACCAUUAUCACUACUACUCUCACCACCACUUAUUGUCCAGAGGGAGAAGAAACUUCAAUUACUACUACUGAAGUUGUUGUUACUACCUUGUUGACUACUUUCUGUCCAGAAGAGGCUGCCGAAGAAUCUGCUAAGGCAGCUGAAACUGAA